AUGUCAUCCCUCGUCGCAGUACAGCCUGGCGAGAUCAAACCCGCCUUGCCCGUUGCACGAGCUUCGCCUAUGAUGGCUCAAAAGCAAGGGGUAACUCCUCAGUCAGACGGACCCGAACGAGGGCGUCCCCGCCACCACGUCGAUGACGAUGAGUCUAAAGACAAGAGCGACAAUGAACAGGAUGCAGACGGCGAACUUGAAGCUAAGAACGAGCAUUCCUCUAAUGAUGAUGGGGGCCCUACGAGAAAACGCAGACGGAGUCGGAAAGGACUCGACAAGAAAUUCGAAUGUCCUCACGAGGGGUGCGGGAAAAGCUAUUCAAGGGCCGAGCACCUUUAUCGCCAUCAGCUCAACCAUACGCCUAAGAUGAUCUACCACUGUACCUUUCCUGACUGCACACGAACGUUCGUCCGGCAAGAUCUACGAAAUCGUCAUAUGGAUCGUCACACUGCUAAAGGUUCAGCGCUGAGUCGGAAGGACUCUAUGAGCCAUCAUACAACUUCCGGAUCGAUAUCGCCAGAAGCCAAUCGACCAGGAUCCGGGUUUCCGAGGCCUGGCGGCCCCGGAGCCAGUCCUUACACGCCUAUAUCUGCUACACCUCCCAUGUAUCCCCACGCCGGCCCUGCUCACGGGGUAGACGGUUUCCUCCCCCAAGACACUGGCUAUGGCAAUGCUGUGAACCAUCGCCAGGCGCACCAGUCGCCAGCUGGCCAUCCCCGCCCAUCGGUUCAGACCAACGUUUCCUCGUAUGGGGUGCUAUCACCUGUGUCGACGCAUCAUGGUGGCUAUCACAACCAACAAGCAAACACCCCUCAGCAAGCCCCAACGGGGCCGUAUGUUUCGCAACAGCACUUUCCUCCUUUCACACUGCCACCCUCCGACUUCGCCACUACUUCGCCAACUGGUGUGUCGAGAGAAUCAAGCCAAACAUAUGGGGCAGCCACCACGGCCACGACGAAUAACGAAUAUAACGAAUCAGCUCAUCAACAGGCGUCGGGAGAGAUGAUGCUCUUAGACCAGAUGGCAACACAGACCACGAUUCCCGUUUUUGGUACUGAUGGUGUGCUCAACAAGUCUCCAUAUAUCUCGAUCCCGGAAGACUUCGUUGCCUACCUGUUCAACACAACAAAUCCAGACGGUUCUCCUUCUGUCGGCCACGUUCUAGCGCAGAAUCAAUAUUCCAACUAUGGUGACUACCAAUCCCAGUACAACAUGACCUAUUACGGGACUGAUGGCGUGUCUCUUGGCUACUUCCCACCAUCGAAUCAACCCCAACAAGUCAUGUCUGUCACUAACCUUCUGGAUCAAAACUUGCCCGAAUCGUUACUUUCUGAGGAGAAGAGUCAAGAGAUCUUCGACUUCAUCAAAGAACGCUUCCACGAGAACGACCACGCUCCUGUUGAACGCCAAAGAGACAACAUGCUCGAGGGCGACCGCAGCGAUGAACAGCACAUGUUGAGCCGCAAAAUGAUGCAAGCUUACAUUAGCUCUUAUUGGGUGCAUUUCAGUGAUCAGAUACCCAUAUUGCACAAGCCGACCUUCUCGCCAGACAAGACACCAAACCUCUUGUUGCUUUCGGUCAUGGCAAUCGGCGCAUCUUGCCUGGACAGGACACACGGGCAUAAGGUAACCAGAGCGGGCGCACAGCUUUCCAAUUUCCUGGCUUGGCAUGUCAGAUGGGAGGUAUUCAUGGACGUCAGCAGUCGUCCCCCAGCCAAGCUUUGGGUUUUCCAAGCUUUGCUGUUACUGGAGCUCUAUGAGAAGAUGUACUCGACCCGAGAGCUACACGAACGUGCACAUAUUCAUCACGCGACCACCAUCACUCUCAUGCGUAGAGGAAGGUCGCUGAUUGGCAAAUCCGCCCUGGACUCGCCUCCGCACUCUCGCGAGGAGAAAAAUGGCUCAAGACAUUCUUCAACCUCGGGGCUUGCGAACACACCCGAUGAAUGGUGGAACCACUGGAUCACAAACGAAUCUACAAGACGGGCUGCGUUUGCGGCAUUCCUUGUCGAUUCGGUACAUGCAACCAUGUUCGGCCACUCUACAGUUAUGGUAGCCCACGAAAUGCGUCUGCCUCUGCCGUGUGAGGAUCAAUUGUGGAAAGCCACCAGUGGGGCCGAGGUUGGACGUAUUGAAGCGAAUCUGAUGUCUAAUGGGAUCAAACCUAUCUCGUUUCUGGAAGGGCUGAAAAGAACGCUCAAUGGGCAGGAAGUGCACACUAACUCAUUCGGCCGACAGAUCCUCAUGGCGGGCUUGCUGAGUGUGAGCUGGCACAUGAACCAGCGGGAUCUACAAGUGAGCUCGUUAGGCGGAGGAGUGACGCAGGCACUUGGAGGUCGCGACAAGUGGCGCAGCACGUUGACCAGAGCCUUCGAUUCCUGGAAGACAGAUUUCGACAAGUCCUUGCAGCGCUCCGACAUUAUCACAGACCCGUAUGGCAAUCAGACAAGGAGUAACGCCAAUGUUGUGUUUGAGAGCCGCACAGUCUUGCAUCACCUGGCACACAUGGCGAUGCACGUCGAUAUAGUCGACUGCCAGAUAUUCGCUCGUGCAAAAAGACUUCUCGGCCGCGCGAUCGGCAACCAAGACCUCAGCAGUGCCCAGAGAAGGAUGAAAGAUAACUGGGCGCCGACAGCAAAGGCACGUGAUGCCACGUGGUAUGCCCUCAAGUUCUUGGCUUCCGUCUUGUUAGCCGAUGAGACUGGGUCGGGUUCUGGCGGUUACAAGCCAGGCGAACCCUAUGUGGCCCGCGACGACGUGCUUCUCAACCGGCCUUGGGUUCUCUACUUUGCAACACUAGUUGUCUGGUGUUAUGGAUUUGCCCUUGAAGGGCCGUGUCCGGCUGCUUCUUUGCCCACGACGCCCCAAGAGAAAAUCGAACACAUGAGAGAUUACUUGCAUAAGUUUGGCGCUAUACCGACCCCCGAAGACUUGAAGCUCAUGAAGGGGGUAAACCACAACACAGCAUUAUUGCUUGUGCUCAAAGAUUCGUUUGAGACAAGUCGUUGGGAGCUCCUUCACGAGGGCGCAAUCCUCUUAAGUAACUGCAUCCAUUUGAAUACUGGCUCCACCAUGGUCUGA